CAGAAUUUCAAUCUGUCAGUCACCCUGAAAUCGCAAUUCAGUAUUUAGUCAGUGUCUGAAAGCGCUAUACUGGAUUUGAUGUUUUGAGUCAGCUGAUCUUAUUUUUCCAACUGGGACCACCGGAUCUCUGCUGUGGAGAGUCAAGUCUCUGCCAUCGAACACAAGGUGGACCAGAUGGCAAAGGACCUGACCUCUCUGGCAACAGGGAUGAAGAGCGUUCUGCAGCACCUCAAGCUGCCUCUCCUAGCCCCUCAGCCUGUACAGCCAGCUGGCCAGCUGAUCACCCGGCCAGCGGGUUCACCACCUCACAGUCGUCCAGCCUCACCUGCUGGUUCCCAUUUAUCCACCCCAUCUGGUGCUUCUGGCACAUCAGUGCAGCGAGGGCCCAAGCUGACGCCACCUCCUAUGUAUUCUGGGGAAGACCCCAAGGUGGAUGUGUCAGAUUGGGUCACCGCUAUGCAAGCAUACCUGGGCAGCUUCACAUGUCCAAAAGCCACCAAGGUGGGGACCAUUCUUGGCCGGUUGGAGAGGUCUGCACUGAAAUGGUGCACCUCCUCUGCAACUAAAGAGAAUGUUGCUAUGGAUAGAUGGGCACAACAGCUGGGGGUGGCAGGGUUGCUGAAGGCGCUGCAGGACCGGUUUGCUGACAGGGAGCAGGCCCGCAAAGUAGCUGAUAAAAUUAUGCUGCUAGGGUCCCACAGAUUUGAGGGCUCUUUGUCCAAGCUCUACAACCUGUUUGAGAGCUUGACAUCGACACCCGGUCUGGAGAUGAGUGAGUCUGACCAGCUCACCCAUUUCCUGCGUGCAGCACCUCCAGACUACUCGAUUGCUUUGUAUGCUCAGGGCCACGAGGACUGGAGGUCUUUUUGCAAAGCGGCACUGGACCUAGAGUCUCGGCUCAAGGUUCAGACUCCUUCUGAAGGAAGGAAGAGGGCGCUCUAUUGGCUGCUGAUGCAGGAUCUGAUUCUGAUGCAUCUCGGCGAAAAGAAAAAGCAUAAGCCAGACCUCAUCUUGCUGCGACCCUCUAUCCUGGGAGCCAAGAUCAAGGGCCUGCUAGAGUGUGGGGCCACCCAGAACUUCAUCUCUCCCAAAGCUGUCAGCAAGCUGCAUCUGGAUGGGAGAUUGGUGAAGUUGCAGCAACCACUGGAAGUUCGAAUUGGGGACUCCUCCACAGUCCGGAUUACAUCUGCUGUCAGGAACCUUCCGGUUAUCUUUGACAAGCAGGAGAAGGUCAGACAUCGCUUGAAGUUCUAUGUGUUUCCCAAUGUACCCUUUGAUCUUGUGUUUUCCAUGCAGUGGCUUGAGGCCACUAACCCUAGGAUCGACUGGCAUAUUCCUAGGGUAGAGCUUCCUGACUGUAGAGGAGACUAUCAGCCUUGUGUCCUGGCUGAUGAGUACCACCCAGUCAGUAGUUGCUAUUGUAUGAGGGCACAUGAGUUCUUUCAACUCUCUCGCCAGACUGCCCACACACGUCUGUUCGUCGCAUAUGUGAAACAGACUGGUGUGGACAUUGCUCCUUGCCCCUCACCGAUUCAGCAGGUUUUGGACCGGUAUCGAGACUUGAUGCAGGAGCCUAUUGGACGUGUCCAUAGGCAGACCCAACACAGGAUUGAGCUCCUGUCAGGUGAGGUCCCUCCCAAGGGCCGUGUCUACAGGAUGUCACCUGCUGAACUCGAUGAGCUCAGGAGACAGCUUGAGACCCUGACCAGCAAGGGCUGGAUCAAACCUAGCACAUCUAAAUUUGGGGCUCCAGUUCUCUUUGUUCCAAAGGGAAAUGGAGAGUUCAGAAUGUGCGUGGACUACAGGGGUCUCAACAAAAUCACUAGGAAGUCUACAGAGCCCCUUCCUAGGAUUGAUGAUCUGCUAGACAUGGUGCAGGGCUGCACAAUCUUCAGCAAGAUCGACCUCAAAUCUGGCUACCACCAGAUUGAGAUGGCUGAAGGUGAUGUCCACAAGACUGCCUUCAAGACCAGAUACGACACUUAUGAGUACCUGGUCAUGCCCUUCGGUCUUUGCAAUGCCCCUGGCACAUUCCAGACGGAGAUGCAUCGCAUACUCAGGCCUUACCUGGACAGGUAUGUAGUUGUGUACCUGGAUGAUAAUAUGGUACUCAGUCGAUCUGUCGAGGAGCAUGUGCAGCAUCUGGCUCUUGUUCUCCAGGCAUUACACGAGGCCCAGUAUAAGAUCAAGAGGGAAAAGUCCUCCUUUGGAGUGACUUCUGUGACUUAUCUGGGACAUGUAAUCUCUGGGGAAGGGUUGACUCCUAAAGCGCCUAAGAUUGCAGCGAUUCAGGACUGGCCACAGCCUACUACAGUUUGUGAUGUCCAGUCAUUCUUGGGACUUGCGUCAUAUUACAGGAAGUUCGUCAAGAACUUCUCUGCUAUUGCUGCACCCCUGACCGAUCUUACAAAGAAAGACACCCACUUUCUUUGGACAUCAGACUGCCAGCAGGCUUUUACACGCCUCAAGGAGGCCUUGAUAAGUGCACCUCUUCUGAAGCUACCUGACCCUACCUUGCCUUUCGUACUAACUACUGAUGCUAGUCAGUAUGGGGUUGGGGCGGUACUUCAGCAGGAUGGUGGGCAUGGUCUGCAGCCAGUUGAGUAUAUGAGUAAGAAGAUCAARGUCAAGMAGCUGCAGGAUUCCACGUACGAGAAAGAGCUGUAUGCUCUCGUGUCAGCGCUGAAGCAUUGGAAGCAUUUCCUCAUGGGCCGGCAUUUUCAGAUCUUUUUUGAUCACUCCACCUUGCAGUGGAUGAAGACCCAGGGGGAACUGAAUGACAAGCUCGCGCGCUACAUUCAGUUCAUUGAUCUCUUUGACUUUGAACUGAAACACAAGAAGGGCUGCUACAAUCGUGUAGCAGACGCCCUUUCUCGUUCUCAUCAUAGGUUAUGGCCUGUGAAGUAUGCAGAGUUUAUUCCUCUGCCAGAGGAAGCCAGAGUCCCGGCCGUGCGGGCCGCUUUUGCUGAUAGGUGGGUUACUCAUCAUGGACCACCCACCUCCAUCAUCAGCGAUAGAGAUCCGCGGUUUUGCAGCAAUGAAUGGCAGUCCUAUUGCAAGGACUACCUUCAUUUCAGGCUGAACAUGACAUCUAGUCAUCAUCCUGAAGCCAAUGGGCAGGCUGAAGUGAUGAACCAGAUUCUGUUUCAGUUGCUGCAUCCUGUGAUCAGCCCUGAUCAGCAGGAUUGCGAUCUCCAUCUAGGACGGGCACAGUUAGUGUACCACACGUCUGUACACUCCUCCACAGGGUUCACCCCUUACCGGUUGCAAUGGGGAUGUGAGCCACGACAGCCUCUCGAUGACAUCAUCGACAAGGCUACCCCCAGACUGACUCUUGGGACUGCCGAGUUCACCAGACAGUACCAGAGGGACAUCGAACGAGCCAGAGUUAACCUGCUCAAAGCCCAAAAGGCAAUGAUUCAGGAGGCUAACAAACAUCGUCGACCAUCCCCCGUUCGUGCUGGUGACUGGGUCUGGGUGCUCAGCUCUGAGCUAUCGCGGGAGAAGGACAUUUCGCCUAAACUGCUGCCGCGUUAUAUGGGUCCAUGGCAGGUUUUGGAUACAGUGGGGGCUGACCCCUUUGGGCCAUCCUAUCAUGUAGAUGUCCCACUGCAUCUUCAAACCUACCCUGUCUUUCAUGCAUCCAAGUUGUUGCCUUUCACACCGGCUGAUGCAUUUCCACACAGGCCUCCACAGUUCGGUCCCCCGAUCCCUGGGAAGGGAUAUGAGGUGGAAGAAGUUGUGGAUGAAUAUGGUACAGGCCCGGAUAAGGAGUACCUUGUGAAGUUUCUUUACCAGCCCCAUACUGAGGAUCGCUGGUUCACUCGCAAGGAGCUCCUGAAAACAGCAAAGUCUGUGAUCCUCAAAUAUGAGGCUGCGCAGAAGGGAGAGCCCCUUCGACGCUCUGCACGCCUACGCCCUUAUCUCGGAGGUCCUCGCUCCGGGGGAGGGUUUUGACUCCAGUGUGCAGUCUGCGUUCCUAGUUUCCGCGAGUGCAUAUUUUUCGUUAUAGUGUCCGUUCCCGGUGUUGUCUCUGCGUGUAUAUUUUCUUUGGCAUCCAAGAGAGGAAGGAGGUGGGCGGGAGAGAAAUGUGGGUGGUAGGAAGCAGGCUGCACCACUGCCUGCUUCGAUGGGUGAAGUUAGGUUGCUGUCUGUGUUUUUGUGAGCGGGGGACAGAAAGGCAGGGCGAUGACUCCGGUCAGCAUUGUUGUUCAUGCGAUGAUGUGAGUGGUCAUUCUGUGGAAGAGGGACUGCUACUAGAUGUUGAAAGGGUUUCUUCACUCUGCCAUUACACGUGGAGCUGCUCCUUCUGAGUGCCUUUUUUCUCCCUCCGUUUUUGUGCAAGAGAUUACAUGUCUGUGAACGUGCUUGCACGUGCACGAGAGAGAGAGAGAGAGAGAGAGAGAGAGAGAGAGAGAGAGAGAAGGGUUUCUUCACUCUGCCAUUACACAUGGAGCUGCUCCUUCUGAGUGCCUUUUUUCUCCCUCCGUUUUUGUGCAAGAGAUUACAUGUCUGUGAGCGUGCUUGCACGUGCACGAGAGAGAGAGAGAGAGAGAGAGAGAGAGAGAGAGAGAGAGAGAGAGAGAGUCAAGCAACUGUUAGAUGGUACUCAGAUUUUGUAUGAGCGCUGCCACAAACUGUUUUCUUUUUUUCUUUUUCUUUUUUUCCCCCGGAGUACAAGAACCCUUUUUGAGUUAACAAUCUGUCUGGAAGAAGACGGUUGUUCAUGGUACUACAUUUUGAAUCCCAAAAAAAAAAAAGGAGGCAGAAAAAGAAGACAAGAAUAAUGUGCCUACUACCCUGCUCGUUCUCCUGCGGCGAUCUUUGAUGACCUGUCAACGUGCAUAUACGUAAUUAAUUGGAGAAUUUUUGUAGCAGUCGUAAUAGUACUGUGGCACUUGUUUUCUGCAACGAUGCUCAAGUGUAAUCCAAUGUUGAAUG